AUGUCGUUAAUUAACUCAACCUCAGCUUUGCGCCAAAAACUUUUACCAGGUAUACAAAAAUCUAUAAGUACUAUUCGUGCUCAAAGACUUCACAGUGCACGCAGAUUGUGCAAGCCUUCACCUACGCCGCAACAACAGCAGCCACGGAUUCCCUAUGAGCCUGUUGCUCCUGGAGAAAAGCCCAUCAGUCCUCAUAUUGCAAUUUACGUUUCUUUUGGACGCCCGUUUUUGAAAAUUGUGGCAGUUGCAUUGACCACUUUUUUCACUCUCAAGUAUACACGAAUUGCAUUAGUGGCCGAGCACGAGAGUAGUGAGCAAAAGACAGGCACUGAGACUGAAGUUAAUUGA